AUGUAUCAGGUGUCCGACGUAGGUUCUUCAAACCUCAAGGUGUUCCACAAGCACUUACAUCUCAUACAGAUUGUGGCAGAUCUUGUCCGCCUUGAGAAAAGACAGACCGCACAGAAAAAUGCGGACUGCAUAAUGCAGCGCCUCAUUAACGCUCAUUUGAGAAGUGAGUCAAAGAUGGCCACGCCUCUUUCGGAUGCGGUCCUGCGGUCUGAGGCUUUUGGAGUUUUGCUGGCUGGUGGCUUUGACCAAGCAAAUAUUCUGGCUUUCGGCACGUUCAUGACGUCGCAGGACCCGCAACUGCAGAAACGUCUGUAUGAGGAGCUCCAAUCUGCUUGGCCCGACGUUCGCACUUCUGUGCCGCCAUAUGAGAUUUUGCGUCAUCUUCCCCUGCUUGUGGGUAUUCGCUGUAUACGACGCACAAAUGCAUUUCUAACGAAAGAAUACAACGAACACAGAACGGAGUAG